UAAGGGUGUCUCCCUCUGCUUAGCAGAAACAGGGAGAAUGUAUAAAUCUCCAGAAACUCUGAUCAGUGGAAAAGGCAUGGAUUUAAAUCCGGAUAACAAUCAUAGCCCUGGUUGCUGUCCUUUGCCUGGUCACCUCCCCCAAAUGCUUCCCAAUAGGAUCACGUGUGGAAUUUCAAAACCGAUCAUUGCUUGUGCCCUCCUCCUCAGAUUCUGUCUAUUGGUGUGGGUGGAAAGGAUAGUGUCGUUUUAAUUAAGGGCUCCAGGUAAUUCUAAGUGAGGCCAGGAUUAAGCACGAGGGCUGCCCAUUAAUUUAUGAGAGUUGAGUAUAGUUUUUGGUGCAAGGAGAGGCAACAGGGUCUCUGCUACAUGAGUCUGGGAGGGUCAGAUCCUUGCAGCUCACAGUUCCUAUGCUGUAGCUGAAUUUGUGGGCGUCAGUGGGAGGGGAGGCCCCCUGAAAGCAGAGAACGAAAAGUCAGGGAUUGGUCUCCAAGUAAGAGCUCAUAGUUUCUGAAAGGCUCCUGACACAAAGGACUAGGAAUUUGGGCCUUUUCUGCAUUUCAAAGUCCUGCUGUCAGGCCGAGCAGUUUAGAGGUGCAGAGGCUCUGUUGGUGGCUUUAAAGGCAUUUUCUCCUGAUGCAGCUGUGAUUUCUCUACGAAUCUCCUCUGAGAAAGAAAUCUAGAGGACAACAUGAAAGAAGAAGAAAUGGCAAGUUCUCAGGGACUGCUGACAUUCAGGGAUGUGGCCAUAGAAUUCUCCCAGGAGGAGUGGGGAUGCCUGAACCACACUCAGCGAGAAUUGUACAGGGAUGUGAUGUUAGAGAACUACGGACACCUCCUCUUCCUGGGUCUCGUUGUGUGGAAGCCAGACCUGGUCAUCUUUUUGGAGCAAGAGAAGCAGCUCUGGGAUGUGAAGAGAAAGGAGACCGUAGCCUUCCAUCCAGCUGUAUCUUCAAAUGGCACCCAGAGUUUCCUGCCAACAUUGUGCAUAGAAGCUUCUUUCCAAAACGUGGCAGUACGUAGAUAUAAACAUACUGCCCUUGAGAAUUUACACUUCCUGGUAGACUGUAACAAUGAUGGGGAGAGUGAAGAGCAUCAAAUAUAUCAUGAAGGACAUAUCCAAACUGAGACAACUGCGCAUAAUAUGAAUCUCACUGCCCAAAAUGGUGAAGGAUAUAAAACAUUUUGGAAAACAUCCCUUCUUAAGUCUGCUACUUCUGCAAAGCAGUGUGUUUCUAUUUACAAGGGCUCAAAUCAAAUGAUUAAACAUACAUAUUUGCAGAACGAAAAGUUGGAAAAUCUGGAAAGUUGCCUAGUUCAUGCUGAAAAUAAUUAUUUCAACCAUUUUGAAAGUAGGAUUGGAUUGACCUUUGAGUCAAAUAUUUCUGAAAAUCAGAGAUUUAAAAAUGAAGAACAAAGUGCUGAGUGGGAUUCAUUUGAGAGGUCCUUCACCGAGGAGUUAACCCUACAAAAUUACCAGGGCAUUUUCAAUGAAAACAAAAUUGUUCAAUGCAGUGAAUCUGAGGAAAAAUUUAACCCAGGUUCAAAUGUUAAUACAUGUCUGAGGACUCAUUUUCCAGAGAACCAUUAUGAAUAUGAUAAAUGUGUGGAAGUCUUUUAUCAAAGCUCCAACCUUAUUAUACAUAAUAGUAUCCCUAUGGAAGAGAAUCAUUAUGAAUAUAAUGAAUGUGAGAAAGCUCUUAACCAGUCUCCCAGUGUUGGUGAUUAUCAGAGUAUUCAUGUGGGAAAAGACUCAUACAGAUGUUAUAAACCUGGGAAUAUGUUCAGUCAGUCAUCAAGACUAAAUAUACAUAACACAAUCGGUACUGAACAAAAAAGUUACAUUUGUAAGGAAUGUGGCAAAGCCUUUGACUGGCACUCAACACUGUGUCAACAUCAGCCAAUGUAUAUUGGAGGAAAACCUUACAAAUAUGAGGAAUGUGGCAAGGUUUUUAUCCACCACUCACACUUUACGCAACAUGACAGAAUUCGUACUGGAGAGAAAAUCUACCAAUGUAAAGAAUGUGGCAAGUGCUUUAACCAUCACUCAAAUCUUAGUCGCCAUUACAGAAUUCAUACUGGAGAGAAACCUUACCAAUGUAAAGAAUGUGGCAUGGCCUUUAACCAGCACUCAGUGCUUACUCGACAUCACAGAAUUCACACUGGAGAGAAACCUUACCAAUGUAAAGAAUGUGGCAAGGCCUUCAACCAGCACUCAAACCUUACUCAACAUCACAGAAUUCAUACUAGAGAGAAACCUUAUCAAUGUAAAGAAUGUGGCCAGGUCUUUAACCAUCACUCAAGCCUUACUCAACAUCACAGAAUUCAUAGUGGAGAGAAACCUUAUCAAUGUAAAGAAUGUGGCCAAGCCUUUAACCAGCACUCAAACCUUACCCGACAUCACAGAAUUCAUACUGGAGAGAAACCUUACCAAUGUAAAGAAUGUGGCAAGGCCUUUAACCAGCACUCAAAGCUUACUGAACAUCACAGAAUUCAUACUGGGGAAAAACCUUACAUAUGCAAAGAAUGUGGCAAGGCCUUUAACCGACACUCACACCUGACUCGACAUCACAGAAUUCAUUUUGGACAGAAACCUUACAUAUGUAAGGAAUGUGGCCAUGCCUUUAUCCAGCACUCACACCUGAGUCAACAUCACAGAAUUCAUACUUGAGGGAAAGCUUACCAAAGUAAAGAAUGUGGGAAGGCCUUUAAUCACUGUUCAACCUUUACUCAUUAUCACAGAAUUCAUAGUGGAGCAAACCUUACAAUUUUGAAGAGUGUGAGAAAACUUUUAAGGACUACUCACCCCUUACUCCACAUUAGAGAAUUCAUAGUGGAGAGUAACCAUAAAAUUGUAAAGAAUGUGGAAAGGCUUUUAAGCAAUGGUAAUUCCUGAUCAGAGAAAGUGUAUUGGAGAAGAUUUUGAAAUAUGAAGAAUUUUGCAAGCCCUUUACUCAGAGGUCACGUUUCAUUCAAUAUCACAGAAUUCAUACUGGGGAAGAACUUAUAAAUGUAAAGAACAUGGGAAAACUUUUAGAACUGCUCAACCCUUUCCAGCAUCUCAGAGUUUAUACUGAGGAGAAACAUCACAAAGUUAAAGGGUGUCACAAGGCUCUAGCUGGAACUCACAACUUACUCAACAUCAUAGCAAUCAUACAGCAUAGAUAAAUGUAAAAUGUAGAGAAAGUUGCAGUGCCUUUAACUGGAAUUCAGUCUAUACUCAGUAUCCCAAAAUGCACACUAGAUUCAAACCCUAGAAACAUAAUCAAUGAGGAAAGACCUUCAUUUUAAAUAUUCACUGUAGCAAACACCAGAGAGUACAUAAAGGUAAGUUACUUGAAAGAUGUAAAUAUUUAGAAAUGUAUGUAAGUAAACAUCAAAUGUCAAUAAUAUCAUAGAAAUCAAGUAGAAAGCAGUACAUGAGUCAAUCUAUUCAGACAUUAUAUCAAAAUACUCAUUAUAAGGACUAAUACAAAGUUAAACACUUAGAAAAUGUAUAUGCUAUUAUGCUUCAAAAGAACAAGUGGAUGGAUUUUUGCAUAGAUAUCAUUAAUUUCGAUAUGUCCUUUUUUUUGUUUUUGAUUAUGUUCUUGUUUUUUGGGGUUUGUUUUUUGUUUUGUUUUGUGUUUUGUUUUGGUUCAUUGACCCUAUCUGGGAUUUGUGACUAGCAAAUAUUAACGUAUUUGUACUCUCAAAUCACUUGAGAAAAUUCAUUUAUUCCUAGUGGGUUUGUGAAAGUAUGUGGCUGAUUGUUGUUGCAUCAAAGAUAUGAGAUGCCCUUCUUCAUUAGGUGGGACUCAUGCAUAUCUAAUUGUCCAUGGAAGAAGAAAGACAAUAUAACAUAUAAUAUAUGAAGAAAAUCUAAAUGGAGAUGCUGUUUGUGGUUAUAACAUUAAUGUCAGUUAUGAUGGAAGAAGUGUUCAGAACAUCAUUAUUCGCCAUUUAUUAAAACUAAAGAACUUCCUGGAUAUUAUAAAUAAAAUAUUUUCUCAUCUGGUCUUUGAGAAAAAAGAGGUGCCAGUCCAGUAAAAUACUGAUGUAUCUUCAUAAUAGCUAUAGUUAGAAGUAGAGGAUGUCAGGUGAUGUGCUUGAAAUGAAGAAAUCCUCAAAGAUACCAAAAGAGGAUAACUCUUUCCUAAAAUGGCAUAGGAUUACACAUAAAAUUUUUAAGAAUGAUUUCAUGCCUGAAAACAAUGGAAAUCACUACUCCCACAUCAUGAUAUCAGCACACAAAUGCUUUUUAAUGCUUGUAUUCCGUAUUUCCAAAAAGGGUUAUACAGUGGAUUUGAAAUGUAUAACUUAGUCUGUGUGUGAACGUAAUAUAUUUUAAUUAAUAAAACAUAAUGAUUUUUAACAUGUUA